ACACACACAUAUAUGUGUGUGUGUGUUUUGGUUGCUGCAGAGUUUUGAACAGACAAGCUAUCUCUGCAAACCAAGGUCAGAUAGUGACUUUGAGAAUCACAUAGCAUCAUCUAUUCUCUCAUCAGCAAGUAUUUUGUCUUCUUUAUUUUUUAGCCAAUUACUAUCCUUUCAAUGGAUGAUGGUGAGGCCUUUCUGGGCUGGGGUACGGUCUAAUUAUCACUGCCAUCUGUUACUAUAUAUCGAACCCUUAUUAGCUGUGUGUAUGUGUGUGUGUAAUCUAAAACCUGGGAUUCUCUAAAUCCUUGUCUGCCUGUCUUACACUUGUUGUUUUUCCGGCAAGCCUGUUUACUACGAUUAAAAAAAAAAAAAAAAAAAAACAGAAAGAUAUUUUUUCUCUUUUUUGUUUGUACUUAUCUGCAGAUGCUUCAAGAAUUCAAACACCAAACACACCUCCUCCUCAACAAGUACCAGAAUACUUCUUCUUCUUCUUCUUCUCCUUCUUCCUUAUCGUUACAAGCGGCCAUGUUUCCUUCUGACCAAGAACUCAGUGUUUCUGCUUUUAACCCCAUGCUUCAUUCUGCUAUCCAAGAUGAACAGCCCCAGAAGAUGAAGAAGAAGAGAAACCUCCCUGGGAAUCCUGAUCCGGAGGCCGAGGUGAUCGCCUUGUCGCCGAAGACGCUGAUGGCGACGAACCGGUUCGUGUGCGAGAUCUGCAACAAGGGGUUCCAGAGAGAUCAGAACCUGCAGCUUCACCGGCGAGGCCACAACCUGCCAUGGAAGCUGAAGCAAAGGAGCAACAAGGAGAACCGGAAGAGAGUUUACGUUUGCCCGGAGCCCACCUGCGUUCACCACCACCCUUCUAGGGCUCUCGGAGACCUCACCGGAAUCAAGAAACACUUCUGCAGAAAACACGGCGAGAAGAAAUGGAAGUGCGAAAAGUGCUCCAAGUUUUACGCGGUUCAAUCGGAUUGGAAAGCCCACUCUAAAACCUGCGGAACUAGAGAGUACAGAUGUGACUGUGGAACCCUCUUCUCCAGAAAGGAUAGCUUUAUAACGCACAGGGCAUUCUGUGACGCUUUGGCUGAAGAAAGUGCGAGACUUUCUGCAAAUUCAAUAUUACUCAUGCACCCUACUUCCACCGCCUCGCUUACUACUGGGGCGCCGCCUAAUACUGCUCAAAUGCAACCCAGCUUUCAUCUCAACCCUUCAUCGCUCUUCCCCAACGCGGCGGUGCAGCACCACCAGCCGCCGCAGCGUCACUUUGCGAACCCGCCGUCACCGAUUAUGAGCGGCGGCCAUAUCUCUCUCAGUAGCCCUUGGGACGCGCCGCCGUCUCAAAACCCUAAUCAUAAUCAUCCUCUCCCCAUGAUCAAGACCGAAAGCAUGAGCGUUCCGCCGUAUUUUCAAGAGGCGCCGCCGCCGCUGCCGCCUCUGAUGGCGUCCGGGUCGGCGGUGCUGUCGGCCACGGCGCUGCUCCAAAAGGCAGCGAGCAUAGGCGCCACAGUGGGUCACGUGAACUCUAGCAUGGCCCAGCUGGAUAGGGGCACUGUGGGGCACGUGAACAUGAAGAUGGCCUCACAGGACUACCUAGGGUUUGGCACGUGGCAAAAAGGCGACCCUCUGACCAGAGACUUUCUCGGCUUGACAGCUGACCACGGAAGCACCACCGCCAAUGGCAGCGGCAGGGACCAUGACCACCACCACCACCGUCUGUUAUCGUACGCCGCCGCAGGCGGCGGCGUUGACGAGUUGUUCCCCAGCAGCAGCACCAACAACGGUAUGUAUAAUGAUGGCGACAAUUCUCUGUUCAAACACCACCAAUUAAGCUUCGGUUUUGCCGCCGCCGAGACAGCCUCGGAAACAUGGGGAAACUGUUGAUGAUCUAUUAUGGGACGACGAGGAAAAUGAGGAGGAUUCAUAUUCCCUGGUCGAGUUUCGAGCUUCAUGCUAUGAAGACACAUGUUCUGUACUGUGUCGAUAAAACAUGAACACAGAGAAGCUAGCAAAGCAGUUGGAGAUGAUCUGAUCAUCUUCAAGAAAGAGAAUGAGAGAAUCAAAUUAAAUCAUGAGCGAGUCCUUUCAAUUUAAUGUAUUUUGCAAGAAUUCAACUUUUUAGUUUUUCUUCAAUUUUCUCCUCUAGCUGGAUUUGUAACGUUUCCUUGGGACAUUCUGAUGAUUACUAAGAAAUUAAAGCUUGGUUUAAAUUUUUGCAGUUCAUUAA